AUCGUCUCAAUGAUAGCUGCAUGAGUGAGUUUUCAGAGGAUCUGCUCUUCUCUGAAUGGUUAAAGAGGCUAUCUACCCUCGAUGUCCUCAUCUCUCGACAACCGAUACCUUAUCGCUCAGAUACGGACAGCAACAUCAUGCAGGUCGGCUUUAUCUUCCCCGCCCCAGUGUAUCAUCGUUGAUUGGGGAUGAGGAAGGAAGGAAAUAUUUAAGUGAGGAGGGGAGGCAUAUCUCCUUCGGAACCAUGGCUGCUGUCCAUCCAAACCUGUUGAUCUGCUUAUUUUCCUUCCCUCACCUUGGUUCAUGACCAAGUUGUGAUUUCACGAAAAUCUUCUGCGAUUGCGCUCAACGUUCUUGCGACAUUAGCUCGCAAGCAGACGUCUAUAACUGUUCUAAUACCUUAGAAGGGUUGUACGUUCAUCUGACGACAUAGUUUCACCCUUCAACUCCUACAGCCAUUGAUCCCGAUCGUUAUACAAUGGACGACAACCUGGCGCAGCAUGCGUGUCAUCCCAUCACCACAGCGAUUGAAAAGGACGAUCUUGUCAUUCCUGUCAUUGAUUUUGGGCCCUUCCUGAGAGGAACACCAUCCGACAAACAUGCUGUCGCAGUUUCCAUCACAAAUGCAUUCAAGACAUCGGGUUUUCUCUACCUAAAAGACCAUGGAAUCCCAUUUUCCACAGUAUCCCAGGUAUUUGAGACUUCAGCUCGCUUCUUCGCUCGCCCCCAGGAUCAGAAAGACAGUUUGUGUUGGACUUCUCCGCAGUCGAACCGUGGUUACGUCAAGACGGGACGAGAGAAGCUGAGCUUACCUGAAGAUAAUGUCGACAAAGAUACCGCUAGACUGGCGACGCCAGAUCUUAAGGAGACAAUGGAGAUUGGUCGCGAUGAUGUUGACGGUCUUCCUAAUCGAUGGCCAGACCAUUUCGAUGACGAGGGGAAGAAUUUCAAGAAAGUGAUGCAGUCAUUCUUCGGAAUGUGCAAAUCCCUCCAUACGGAGGUCAUGCGGGCCAUCGCUCUUGGAAUGAACUUACCAGAGCACUACUUUGAUGAAUUCGUGGAUGCGGGAGAUAAUAAUCUCCGCCUUCUGCAUUACCCUUCUGUGCCCAAAGAUGUCUUCAAGAAGAACCCAGGACAAGUUCGUGCUGCAGAGCACAGUGAUUAUGGCUCUAUCACACUUCUGUUCCAAGACCGUCGUGGAGGACUGCAGGUUCGGAGUCCCAAGGGUACCUUUGUCGACGCUACGCCUGUCGCAGACACAGUCGUCAUCAAUGCUGGAGACCUAUUAGCUCGGUGGUCCAACGACAUCAUCAAGAGCACUCGCCAUCGGGUUGUCGAGCCUCCAAGUAUCGCAGGUGUCGACGUAAAUGACGGCUCAGAUGCAUACCCGGCGCGGUAUAGUAUCGCAUACUUCUGCAAUCCUAAUAUGAACAAGUUUAUUGAUGCCCUACCGGGGACAUUCGGGGAAGAAAUUCGUCAGAAAAAGAAAUACCCAGGGAUUACCGCCGGAGACUAUCUUGUGCAACGAUUGACAGCAACCAUCUAGUCUGACUCUUAAUAUUGAUGUAUAUCUCCAAAUGAGUCAUGUUUACAUUCAGCGUUCUUAUGUAUCUCGAGCAAGACUGACCACUAAUCGUAUGAGUGAGUUGCUUUGUAUGCGAAGGUUGAUAUGGACUAAUAUAAGCUACUCACUUAUA